AUGGCCAUCGCCAAAGCACUGCAUACAGAGAUAUCGACGAUGGAGCAACGUGGAGAGCCCGUGGGCGAUAUGUCUGACUUGAAGUUUUCACCCGUCAGCAUUGUGCCAACCUGCGUGGACGAAGUCUCGAUGGUUGGAUCUAUAGAGGGGCAGAGCUGGUCGGGGAACGGUCAGCUCUUCAAGGUCCCUGAUGAGCCUACUGCAGCGGAAGUUGAGGAAGCUAAAAAUAGAUAUCGGGCAGAAAGGGAAGCUGGAGACGACGAAGAAGAUGUGAUUAGAGACAGGAAGGUGGAAGAGGUGGAGGACGACGAGUAA